AUGAGCAGUCAUUUCUCCGGUAGGGAGGAGGCGGUGCAUCGUUCCAGUUUGUCAUAUCUUCUUUCACCUAACCGACCGCGUUCUGCUGGGGAGCAGAGAUUUAUUCGACAUGCAGUGUUUCGUGCCACAGCAUUCAUUGGGUUUAUUUUCUACUUCAUUUAUUGCAACCCAGAGUACAGUUAUACGUAUUCGUACCUCCAGAAGGAGUACGGUCUCGGCCUUGGUGAACCGUGGCUUCCAAAGUUAUUGAAGCUACAAAAGAGACCACCAGUGGAGUGA